AUUUGCACCGACCAGGCAGCAGGCGUAUUUAAGUCUUAUGCAUUUAUCUCUGUGACGCCCAAAUACUGUUUAUGUCACCCUUUUGCCUUUUUUAAAUCACCUGCAACGUUUUAUCACCGUAUUACCGAGGUUUUCGUUUGAUUUUCUUGAAGAGUGUGUUCUAUGUGUGAAACACAUUGACACAAAAUGUCAACAACUGUCAGAAGUGUCAGAUUGAAUGAUUAAAAUGCAACGCAUUCUUGGUUAAGGUUUUUUUAAACGUAAAGUUUAGGCACUUUUUGAGCCAUGAAAGUUUCGCGAUCGAUAGUUUUUUUUAUUAUAUUUUCGUUUUUUAUCCCUGCUUAGUCUCCGCAUUUUACCGUUUUCCAUUUUUAGCAUGUCCAAAAAUUUUCAACAAAAACAAUUGCUAUCUCGAGACAAAGAUGGUUAAAUUAACGUUUUACACAGGUGUGAGAGCGUUCAAGCUAUGACGUUUUAGUAAUAGAUAAUUCUUUGUCUUAGUGACGUUUGAUUGUUAAGUAGUGUUGAAAUUGAGUAGUUGAAGAUGCCACGGAGAAAACGAUUCCACUUCGUUUCUCAAAAAGGAAUUGACAGCAAGGGUCGCCCUGUCCGCAAAAGGCGACGUGAGAAGGCCAAUAGCAAUGAAACGUCGUCGAAGACAACUCUUUCAACAACUUCCAUUCAAACAACUGUUGAAAGCGAGAGACAGUCGAUUCCAUAAGCUUCAGUCGUGGACAUCUUUUGAGAUACAGUCGAACUCGGAGUCGAUGUUCCAUCGUCUACUACGAUUUUUAAAACAUGACAAAUUAUAAUAACUCAUUUUUUUUCAAAUGCAACACCCCAUAUUUUACUGCAUCAUUGCAUUUUGUUUUUAUGGGCUUGUUGGCGAAAUAUGGUUUGUGGGGCUAUUAGACGUGACGUCACAGACGCGACUGUACUGCAGCUAAACAUACAGUGUUGCCAGUUGUGAUACUAGAGUACCAAAUUGAUACUAGAUUUUUUUUACUAGAUAUUUAUAUUUACUUGUAAACAAAUAAUAAUUUAUAUUCUCAGCCAAAUACACAUUAUGUGAAUGUUAAUAUUUUUUAUUUUGUUUUGGUACGACCUAUCCACUCCUGUCGUUUGCAACAUUCUGGCAAUGCUGUAAACAUAUUUUGAAAGUACACAGAAAGUGAGGUUAGAACAGAUUAAAUUACAGAAAUGUUGACUACAAUUGUUAAGACCAUUACGAAACGACACACAUUUUUCAUAGCAACUAUUUCCUUAGAAACAAUCUCCCUUCACGUCCAGGAUUCAAGAAAUAAACUUUUAUUUGUUUAGCUUCAAAGGUACAGUCACGUACCUUGCUGACGUCACACUAAUAGCGCGUAUUGUCCACUCAAUCUCAAACCAAAUGGCGCUGAUGCGUCUCACUCGCCAUUUCUUUGUUCAUUACUUUACUAAAAUAGCUAUUAGUACAUAUCACUAUUACUGUUUGUGACAAAAAAAACUUUUGACAACACUGAAUACGUGGUGACGUCACGCAGCCAUUUUUGUUGGAUCAGCGUGUAUCCAAACAAACCUUCUUCGCCAUUUUUAGAUUCAGUGGUUUCAGGAUUUUUUUGACUUAAUUUGUUAAGUGUAAGUUUAAAAACAAUAUAUUAGCGUUUUAAGUGUGUGUGUGAAUAGGACCUAGAUUAUUGUAAUAUUUUUUGUGCGAAUUUCGACUUUAAUUUAUGAAUUAAUAUUCAUAAUGGGAAUGUGCUGGGUUGCGAAUUGCAAACACUACAAUGUGCGUGAUACAUGUAGAUUUUUCCGAUUUCCAAAAGCUCAAAAUGAAAGGACUAGAUGGAUUCAUUUGUUAAGGAGAGACGUUGAGCCAGGCCCAGGCGCUUUUGUAUGCAGCUGCCACUUUCGGGGUGGUAAGAAAGAGAAUGGUCCAGAAAUAUUUUUGCAUAACAUCGAAAAAAGAAUGGACUUUCCAUCCUUAGCAGGAGAAACAGGAAAACGCAGACAACUUUCAGCAGUGUCUGCAUCUUCAGUUGCAAUGUCAAGUAAUGAACUACAGCAGCCUGCAAUGGAUGAGGCAGAAGUUGCGGGCCUAACGACAUCGAUGGAAACUACUGACAUUCAACCAGGAUCAUCCACUUCAACUACAUCAAAAUUAUCUACUUUUACUGCAGGUCUAGACGCAAGGAUAUACUUUUUGGAAAAAGAAGUGGAAGAACCAAAGAAAUUAAAGAAAAUUAAAAGCAAUGAAAAUUGUUGUGUGCCCAACUGCCGGUCGGUCAGAAAAGAGAAUCCGAAUAUAAUGUACCAUCAAUUUCCUAAACCCGAACAAAAAAUAAAGUUUAUAAAUGAUCGUGGAAUAGAAGAAGAGUGUAAUCGUCGAAAUUUAUGGAUAUCAAAACUACGAAUAGGGAAGCCAGUGUCCACGUCAAUGAAAGUUUGCUCUUUACAUUUCACAGAAGACGAUUAUGAAAAAUCAGGUUGGGCAACGAUAAAACAUUUAAAACGGUCGUCUGUUCCGUCGCAGUGUUUACCGUUUUCAAGUCAUUCUCGUUCUGAAAAUAAUCAAAAAUUGAAAAGGAUAAAAACCGUUAUUUCUUGUCAAGUGAACCAAAAUAAUGAAGAUGUGGCAUUUGAGGGACUGUUAAUGUUAGCGUCAAACCCUAUUUCAUCUCCACUAUUAGAAGGAAGGUUCACACAUGUGACUGCUUGUAAAAAUAAAAAGGAAGAACAAACUGACACAAGUGAACUCCGAUCGGAAGCACCAGAAGUUAUGUAUGAAAUGCAUUGUGAACAAGAAAAAAGGUCAUCAGCUGAAACACCUGAAAUAACAACACCAGAAUUAGCAAUGGACAGGACUAUUAAAACAGAAGUGGAGUCUGAUUAUGAGACAGAUGGUUGUAUAAAAACUGAAUCAUUCUUUGAAGCGGAAGAUGAUCCUUUAAUUGAAGUAAAAACUGAAAUAUUAGAUAUAAAAACAGAAUUGGAAUCGUCACAGCCACGUUUUAUUUCGAGGGCAACUUCCGUUUCGCCAGAUCAUAUGCAUGGAAGUAGGAAUUUAAUCAAUGAACAGAUUAAUAAACAUAAAAAUAGGAUUAAAGUUCUUGAGCAGAUCCGACUACGCCAAUCCAAGAAGAUCAAAGAGCUAGAAAAUUUAUUGCAAUAUUAUACAAAUAAAUAAAUAUGAAAAAGAACAUUUGGUGUUGAGAGGAAAGACUGUCUAAAUUUUAGACCAGUACCAAGUAACGAGCCUUUUGGCCUUUGUCUGCCACAUCAAGAUGUUUAGCAGUUGUUAUAUUUUUAAAUACAUACAUUAUUUUAUUCAUUAUUUUUA